ACUCCAGCGGGAAUCUCCUUCCCCCACCUAACUGGAAAAAAAAGGCCUCGCCUGUGUCUCUCUAUGCGCCUAUUUGAGCACUGUGAUCCAGGUGCGUUACAAUCAUCCAGCUUGAAGGACCUGUGAUGAGUUUGAAAUUUGGACCAUCUUGGAUGAUCUGAAGGACUCCAUGUAUGAGAUGUCUGCACCCUCUUAAGCUUCCCUCUCUCCCACCGUGGCACCUUCCACCUCUGGUUAGACCUGUUGUUCAGGUACUGUUAAAAAAUGUUCAAGUGUUGCAAGAUGAAAAACCCUAAUCCGGAAAAGUUUUGCUGAGUUCCUUCAGAAGAGGAAGAAGGGAUUUCAUUUCCAGAGAGCGUGUGUCGAUUCACAUGUCACAUCGAGAGCUGCUCUGUUAGGUGUCCUCAAGUUCUUUAUCAGAACAUGUCAUCAUACGGCUGUACACUCCUCGAGACCGCCACAUACGGCAAAAAGGGAUCUGACUAGUUCCUGCCCUGCUUGGAGACCUGUGUAUCUGCGCUUCCAUUUGCCAGUUGAAAGUUGUUUCUUCACAAGUGCACUAAGAAACAAAUGCAAGCUUGAGGUGCUCUUUCAGAGAAGCAAAUGAUUUAUGCCAGCCAUGUCACUAGCUGAGUGGGUUUUGCAACCCUCUGACUCUGUGGGCCUGUGUUAGUAGUCACACUGGGAAUUGUUGACCUGCAACGUUAAUGUUGAGCGUGUUGUGUUUUAAGGUUUUGAGGAAAAUGCAGAGACGGCAUAGCAGCAACACUGACAACAUUCCUCCUGAAAGAAACCGGAGCCAAACAGUCAGUUCUGAAACCAGCGUGGAUGAAAGUGGUGUUUUUGAAAGUCUGAAGGCUGAAGCUUCCUCACCACAACAGCUGUUCUCAGGCCUGGCAGGUAUCCCGUCGGGCACCAUCACAGCCACGCCAUUCCAGUCAGGUUUGGUUCUGGGCUCUUCAGCCGGAGGGGGGGAAGUAUUCAUUCAGAUGCCAGCCCCAAGGGAGGAAGGGACCAGUCGUACAGAAGGAGCCCCGUUUCACCACCGGCAAUCAUCCCAUCAUUUCCACCAUGGCCAUCACCGGGGUUCAUCUCUACUGCACAUGGCAGGAGGGGACCGCCAUGGGCAUGCUGAGGAAGGCAGUGACGAACAAGCUGGAACUCCAGCCCCAGCUCUUUCAGAGUUAAAAGCUGUGAUCGGUUGGCUGCAGAAGGGACUUCCCUUCAUCUUGAUCCUCCUGGCUAAAGUUUGUUUCCAGCAUAAGCUUGGGAUUGCUGUGUGUAUUGGUAUGGCCAGCACAUUCGCAUAUGCCAACUCAACACUCCGAGAACAGGUUGCUCUGAAGGAGAAGAGAUCAGUGUUGGUUGUCUUCUGGAUCCUGGCCUUUCUCACUGGAAACACCUUGUACUUGCUUUACACAUUCAGCUCUCAGCAGCUGUACAACAGCCUUAUAUUUCUGAAACCCAACCUUGAGAGGCUGGACUUCUUCGACCUGAUGUGGAUUGUGGGGAUCGCAGACUUUGUACUUAAGUACCUCACCAUCGCAUUGAAAUGCCUAAUUGUUGCCCUGCCUAAGAUCAUCCUAGCUGUCAAGUCAAAGGGCAAGUUUUAUCUGGUUAUUGAGGAGCUGAGCCAGCUGUUCCGCUCCCUCGUCCCCAUCCAGCUAUGGUAUAAGUAUAUCAUGGGAGAUGAUCCAUCCAGCAGCUACUUCCUAGGUGGGAUCCUGAUCAUCCUGUAUAGCCUCUGCAAGUCUUUUGACAUCUGUGGUCGUGUGGGAAGUGUCCGGAAGGCACUGAAGGUCCUUUGCACCCCACAGACCUAUGGAGUUCGUGCUACCAGCCAGCAGUGCAGUGAGGCAGGUGACAUCUGUGCCAUUUGCCAAGCAGAAUUCAGGGAACCUUUGAUCCUUAUGUGCCAGCAUGUGUUUUGUGAAGAAUGCCUCUGCCUCUGGUUUGACAGGGAGAAGACCUGUCCUCUUUGUCGUUCUGUCACUGUAGAAACCCUGCGUUGCUGGAAAGAUGGCACCACCUCUGCUCAUUUCCAGGUGUAUUGAAACCAAUACACACUGACAAAUGGAGUAACAUGUGCGGAGAGAAGAAAAAGCUGGAAAAUCUGGUGAUCCCAUGCCCCUAUUUAGUUGCCUGUGGAUUUGUUGUCUUAGUCUUUCUUCCAGCUCUGUUUCUCCAGGAGCCAACAGAACAGGAAUUGUUACCAGCCAGAAACUUUAAUCCUCAAAGGCAAGAAAGAUGUGAUUUAUGCUAUGGCAAACUCCAUGGCGAAGCUACAGCCAAGACUUUUUCUUGAACUUCCGUGGUUAUAAACUGCCUGGGAUGUUUCAUUUCUUUCUGUCCUUUUAGUAUAGAUAAAUAUUGCAUGUAUAAGGCAAGUGUACUGUGAAGUGCAUGUGUAUAACCUGGUAUACUGGAAAAAAGCUGUCCUCUGGCUCAAACCAUUGGUGGGAUUUUUCACAUUUAAUGGCCCUAGCUGCCCUGAUUCUGUAACUUCAUAGAAUUAGGCUGUUGCUGUUACAUUACCUUUGAGAACUCUUCCAAAACAGUGCUACAGAACCACGUGCCCAAAGUUUAUUUGGGAUAGGAGAAACGUCAUUUCCCAUGGCUGUGUUUUUGCAAUGAUUCCACAUAUUGCACGUGUUGUCUUCAUGAAAUCUCAAGGAACUUGAGAAAGACUAUGCUAGUGAAGCUAGAGAUGACACUUGCUUUUCCUGGGAAUGUUUUUCCUCUUUAAUUUUCAUGAUUAGACUUUCUGAUUUCCUAGGAUAUGGGGAGAACAGUGGAAGGCAGGGAGAGAUUGAAGUCAAGUUUGAUUUGUCUAGUUGAAAAGUUAAGGUCCUAACCAAGAGCGUCUCCCAAAUUCAGGUAUCUCUGCGACGUGCUCCUCAGCACAGCCACUUCAGGCAAACCUUACUGGCUUUAAAAACCAGCGCCACCCAGCACCCAGAACCUGCCUGGGUCCAAAACCUGAAGAAGAACUGUGCUCACGCAGCCCUGAGCCCGUACAGCACUGGGCUGGGGCAUCAGGGUACAGGGCCCCUUGGAGAGGCUGGAUUUAGUGAGACUGGUUAGCCCGAGGGUGGAAUUAUGCAGAAACAGCUGCAUUGCUCCAGGAGCCAGCCUGGUUUAUACACAAGCUGGAUAAUCCACCUGUGAUGGUGGGGACUUGAUUGUAACACCUCCGCUUCAGAAAAAGCUCUUUGAGGAGACACCUUGCACUGUUAACAGGAGAAUUAACGUACUUUAUAUUGCCGUGAUUUCCAUCGCUGCUGAGGGUGCUGCAGCGGCACUAGCAUGCAAAUAGAGUUGCUGUUUGUUCACUGGAGCUUUCUCUUCCACUAAACCACCUCUGCUUUUUGCUGUGCGCCCAGGGAAAGUGCCUCAUUAGGCAAUUGUGGCAUCUUCCAUGCUCAUUACUAUGGAAAUGGCCGUAAGGUUACAAUCCCACUUGAGUGGAUAAUCAGGAAGAACUGUACCUGGGGGAAAUGAGCCUAUGUGUGUGUACUGACUGCCGCCUUCCCCUCCUGCUGUGAAACUCCACAGGGAGAAGAAUUAAAGCAAACAGGAGCUAAUGGUAACAGGAUUAAGGCUCAACAUUUCUUUGGAAAUAAUAGUUCAGUAUGGCUAGAGGAGAAACCAUGAGAGGCAGAGCCUGAGCAGGGAAGAUAGGCCAAAUCUGGCUUGAGAGAUACAGGGAAGUGGAGGAGGAAAAGCUUUACUUGCCAAAACAAAGUGAUUUGAUUGUUGUCAAAUGGAUCCCAUGAAAGUGGAGAACUGAGCCAAGGAGUCUAGUGGCUAUCUCCAACGGGAAUAGCCUUUUUGGGAUGGGGGAAGAGAGUUCUGUAAGGAAGGAAGCAGGGGUUUCAGUGGGCAUAAAAAUGUUGUUGUGUAUGAGAGCCUGGUAUAUUCACCAGGGAAAAUUCCUGAUUCUGUGGGCAGGCAAUUUAUGAAAGGUUUCAGUGUCAGUUUUCAGUGCAAGGCCAAUGAAUUACAGGGUUGGUGGUACCUGCUUUCAAAAUGUUUGAAAAGCCACUUCUGAUAUGUUUUCUAAACGCUGCUGCAAAGUGCAUUUGGAGCAGUGUAUGAAAAGGUCAAUAAAAGCCCAACACUACAGAUAGCAUUAGGUAUGCUGUUUCACAGUUACUGUUUUUUAUUUGGUGAUAAGGAAAGGAGGCAAUCAAAGGGAAAGUACGGGGAAUAUUUUUUGCCAUUCUUACGGUCUUCCUUUGUCUUUACUUUUUUUCUUUAUUGAAUGAUCUUUCCCAGUUGUCAGUGUAGGAAGGAGGGGGCUAUCACCACCAUAUACUUGAAACACUGCUGCAGCCCAAGGACUCAGAACGAUCACACGGUAAGACUUCACACCAGCACACGGUGGAAGAACUGCCACGUACCUCGGGAGGGUUUGGUACCCAUCUAAGGACCCCCGCACCAGCACCAUAAUUUUCUAACGAAAUUCUAAUGAUUAAUUUUUCUUUUGUUUCAUCUCAGUGGUCCCUUCUUGAUUUUUGCUUUCCCUCAGUCUUACAAGGCAGCGUUCUGGUCCCUGUACCGAAGCCUGGCUCCCCCGGUGCUGUGCUGCAGCGGUACCCGACACCGGUGCGCAGGUAACCCAGCGCCGUUCUCCUUUGUCUCGACAGAAAUGCAGGGCAGUUGUUUGGGACACCUGCGAGACAAAGGCUUCCGUGGCUCUUCAAGCAGCUGCCUCAGUGACAAAAGGCAGCGCUGCGAUCUGUGGCAGGCCUUCGUUAUGGGCAGAGCCUGUAUCGGAGAGGACACGGGUGCCUGAGACUCGGGGGGGGCAUCCAGUGCUCCACUUCGCUGUUAAAAUUAAUUAGUGCUAACUAGAAGGUGAAAUUUUAUGCUGUGCAUAUUUAUUCUACUGGAAGCAUAACAAAGAUCACCUCAUUUCCUGCAAGAUAAAGAAUUUACUCCAGGCCACUGUUCUAGAGCUGUUAACUUAAACCAACAUCCUUCAGUCCCUAUUCUUCUGGCCUGGCCGCUGUGGAAGAAACAGCCCGGUGCUGUCAGCAGUUGGUCAAAGCCUCCCUCCUCGGGUGAGUUACGGUGAUGGUUUUGCGAUUCUACCCUCUCCUAGAAUGUGACAUUUGGACCAGAAAACAUAGAGGGGAAAACAUCUGCUCUAAUGACGACUGAUGAGGAACUUCUGUUGAUUUCCCUGGAAAAGUUAGGGUUGUGGAAAGAAAUUGUUCUCAAAUUUCAGAGAGGAAAUAAAAACUGGAGCCUUUUUUUGCCAUUGAACAGUUGUUUUUCUUUUUUUUAAUAAAGUCAUUAUAAAUAUGUACAAAGAGUCUCAGCAUAUGAAAUUCCUUUUACAAAAGAGAGAAGCCACAUCCAACCGUAAACAGGAGCCUCCAUGAACUGGUAUCAGCAGUGAGCAUACGGUUUGCUCUUGCUUUGGUGAGGGUGGAAACUUGCACAGUGACUCUGCAAGAGUUUACAUCCACGUGGUACAAGUCAGCAAUGUGCAAGGGAUUGUGCGUCCACUGCAUUUCACCUGCUUGAUUCUGUCAGCAAUGCAUCUGGGAGCAGGCUGGAAAACACGCAAAUGUUCUAAGGACUAAAGAUGACGGGAAGGUUUUUAAUUGUGAUGAACUAUGGUCUUCAAAUUGAUUGGCAAGGUUAUGCUGUGAAUACCCAUGAAAACUAAAUCCCGUUGUAGCUGAUGUUGCUCUCUACUUAGGUGGCAUCUGUAACUAAUAAUGGACGUAACUAAUAAUGGACGUAGCUAAUAUUGGACGUAACUAAUAAUGGGAGUUCGAU